AUGGCUACCAGAAGAGCUCCAAAGCUGAGCUGCCUGCUAUGCAAGAUGUGUUUCCUUCCUAAUAGGACUCCGCUCCUUGUCCGUAUCUCGAGGACGUCCGUCUUCUCACACGCGCCGUCAACCCACCAAACCCGACCAUAUGCAAUCGCGCGUCCUCCAAGAAACAGCCCGACUAGCUCGCAAAUCUUCAACCUGUCGGAAAUCCCCCUCAGUGCCUUUGAAAGCGUCAUUUACCGAAACGGCGACUCUUUUAAGCGUCUCACCUGCUCGGAAUACUACCAAGCAGCCCAAAGAUUUGCAGAAGCCAUCAAACGUGGUUCAAGCCCCUGGGCAGUGUCAAUCAGCGGCAGAGACGCCAUUUCCGCAGAUACUCUUCACUCGGUAGCCUGCAUCAUGCGCCAAAUGCAGUCCAAGACGGCAGACGCCUUCGCCACAGCUCUCUGGUCAUCCGCCUCCGAAAUGGGGCAUCGUCCGUCCACGCUCUCGCUGGCCAGGCAGCUCAUCCGGUCUGGCGCGUACACGCGCAUCCCGCAGCUAAGAAAGGUAGAGGCGCGUUUCGAGGAGCUCGUGAGCAGCGGGAAAGAUGCGGACGCCCUCACAGCCGCGGGGGAGCUGCUUUUCGAGCAAGGAAGGUUUGACGCUGCGGUGGCAACCACGAGGCGGGCCCUUCAGUUGAGUGAACGCUUUGAAUGGAGACCCUACUGCGAGCUGUGUCUAGGCAAAGCCUACGUCAAGACGGGGAAGGGAGACGAGGCGAGACGGAUAUUUGACAGGUUGGCCGAAGACGGGCUCGUUGAGGCUGAUGUUGAGCUGGCGGAUCUGCUGAAACGGAGAGAGUCGGGCGAGGUGGCGCAGAGGUUAUACGCAGCUGCGUGUAACGGAAGAAGGGAUAUGUUUGCGCGUCUUUCCGAGAUGGAGUUGGACGGGGGCGCGAUGCCUGCUGAUCAACGGUCGACCGAGGAGAGGAGACUGUGGGCUAUGGAAUGGCUGAGGCUCGCGGAUACUCGAGCCGCCUACUGA